GCGCGUGCGGAAAAGGGUGGGCUCCCGGCGCAGGCGCAUGCGCGCUGUGGGCGCUGGUGCAGGACAGCUGGCGCCGGGAGCAACCAAGGGGCCGGAGGCGGCGGCCGCGGCAGCCCGGAGCGAGCUGCGCUGCAGGGAGCUGCAGCCGCCGCCCCCGCACCAAAGGAACCUUGGCUACCCGCCGACCCUUCCUCACUUUUGGAAAUGGCAGGCGAAAUCACAGAGACUGGGGAACUCUACUCUCCCUACGUUGGACUGGUGUACAUGUUUAACCUCAUCGUGGGCACUGGUGCGCUCACCAUGCCCAAGGCCUUUGCCACCGCUGGAUGGCUUGUCAGCCUGGUCCUGCUGGUGUUCCUGGGCUUCAUGAGCUUUGUGACGACCACCUUUGUGAUGGAGGCCAUGGCGGCAGCCAACGCUCAGCUGCGCUGGAAGAGGAUGGAAAACCACCAGGAGGAGGAAGAUGACGACUCCUCCACGGCCUCCGACAGUGAUGUUCUCGUCCAGGACAGCUAUGAGCGGGCAGAGAAGCGGCCCAUCCUGUCUGUGCAGAGGCGUGGACCUUCGAACCUCUUUGAAAUCACAGACCGGGUGGAAAUGGGACAGAUGGCCUCCAUGUUCUUCAAUAAAGUGGGGGUCAACUUGUUCUAUUUCUGCAUCAUCAUUUACCUGUAUGGGGACCUGGCCAUCUAUGCUGCUGCUGUGCCCUUCUCCCUCAUGCAGGUGACCUGCAGCGCCGCUGGCAAUGACUCCUGUGGUGUGGAGGCCGACACCAGGUACAACGACACGGACCUGUGCUGGGGGCCCCUGCGCCGAGUGGACGCCUACCGCAUCUACCUGGCUGUCUUCACUCUCCUUCUCGGACCCUUCACCUUCUUUGACGUCCAGAAGACCAAGUACCUGCAGAUCCUGACCUCCCUGAUGAGAUGGAUCGCUUUCGCCAUCAUGAUCGUGCUGGCCCUGGUCCGCAUCGGAUAUGGUCAUGCGGAGGGGCACCCACCCCUAGCUGACUUCUCUGGGGUCCGGAACCUGUUCGGGGUGUGCGUCUACUCCUUCAUGUGCCAGCACUCCCUGCCAUCCCUCAUCACACCCAUCUCCUCCAAGCGCCACCUCACACGCCUGGUCUUCCUGGACUAUGUGCUGAUCCUGGCCUUCUACGGUCUCCUCUCUUUCACCGCCAUCUUCUGCUUCCGUGGCGACAGCCUCAUGGACAUGUACACCCUCAACUUUGCACGCUGCGACGUUGUGGGCCUGGCCACUGUGCGCUUCUUCCUGGGCCUCUUCCCCGUCUUCACCAUCAGCACCAACUUCCCCAUCAUCGCCGUGACCCUCCGCAACAACUGGAAGACACUUUUCCACCGUGAGGGGGGCAUGUACCCCUGGGUGGUGGACCGCGUGGUGUUCCCCACCAUCACCCUGGUGCCACCUGUGCUGGUGGCCUUCUGCACCCAUGACCUGGAGUCCCUGGUGGGAAUCACAGGGGCCUAUGCUGGCACGGGCAUCCAAUACAUCAUCCCUGCCUUCCUGGUAUACCUCUGCCGCAAGGACACCCAGCUGGCCUUUGGCUACGGGACUGUCAACAAGCACAGGUCCCCUUUCCGACACGCCUUCUGGGUGGGCUUCGUGCUGCUCUGGGCUUUCUCCUGCUUCUUCUUCGUCACCGCCAACAUCGUUCUCAGUGAGACCAAGGUCUGAUGGCAGAAUGUGUCUGGUAACAAGAGGGAUGGGGGCCCCAAGCCAGCCCCAACCCCACCUCUCCGCCUGCAGAGCCAAGAUCCAGUUGCCUUCCAGGUAUCCACGGGGCAGGCAAGGCCAGGGCUCUUGGAGGGGACCUUCCAUAUCUCCAGCUGGGGAUCUUCCCCCGACCCAGGAUUCCGCACAGCGGACGAUUCCACAGAUUUGUCCUAGGUGGCCUCCUCCCAGGCCCUCCUGCCUAAGGCUGCCCCUGACCAGUCAAGCCACACAACCCGGGCACAGGGCUGCUCUCAGAUUCCGGGACUGGUUACUGGAAUCGACCCCCUUUGUACACACAUCCCACCACCCCCAUCACCGGGGGUGGGCUCCUCCCCCGCACAGUGGAGAUGCAGUGCUGGCACUGCCACUAUUUAUACCAGUCACCGUGUCCCCCUCGCCCCCCCUCCAAACCCCCUCCCAUGUCCUCAUCUGCUCCACUAGGAGCAGCAUCCUCCUCAGGGCCAGCGCCAGGCUCUGACCCUCCCCACUGGGCCUGCCAGUGGCAAGCAGAGCCCACCUUCUUGUCAGAUCACAGUCGCCAAGUGGCACUCCUGGGGGCACCUGGCCAGCCCUGAUGACAAGAAUAGGAAGUGCUAAUCGGCCCCAGGGUCCUCAGACCGGAGCUGUGAGGACCCUGGCUGUGGGCGCCAGGUCCUGCGCUGGGCUCCUGAGCCUGUCAUAACUCGGAGCAGCCCUUCUGUCGGGGCACAGCAGUCCGUGCACUCGGUUUAAAGCCCAGAGCUUGUGACCCCUGAAAGGGACCCUCUGCUCUCCUGACUGCCCCGCUGGGGUGCUCGGGCCCCCGUCAGUGCGGAGGGCAGCGUACAAGGGCCACUAGAGAGGAGCUACCCCCACCCGCCCCCGCAGUGGCUGGGCAGCGCCCUGGGCAUGUACUGGUGAGUGGGCUCCAUGGUUCCCGCCCUGUGGGAGGUCAGGCCUGCUCCCUGCCCCUGCUCCCACUCCAACACUACAGGUGGCUCCCUUUCGAGCCGGGCUGUGGGUGCUCGGUAUGCACGCUCUCCAUGUCCCUUGGGUGCCAUGGGUGAGGUGGGACGCUGGCCACCAUUCUCAUGGAAGGAGGGCCAGGAUCUCAGCCACCUCACCGCUCCUCCGAGGUUCCCUCCCCCUCACAAUCAUGCAUGCACCCGCUGGGCCAGCCUUCCUCAGAAACGCAGGUGACUCUAACGAACUCUAUUUUCAAUGUGCCUUCUACUUCAGGACCUGGGGGUCCUUUCUGACCCUCCCUGGUGUGCCCCCAGCCCUGGGCGUCUCUGGGGUGGGGUCUCAGGCCCCUACCCCUCCCUCUUUUGAUUUCAGUGCCUUGCUCAGCCCUCCUUAGGGAACCUCCAGAACCUCCCCCUGCGUCUCACAUCUUCAUACUCUGGACAGAGGGACGAUGGUGGGUCUCCUGGGGCCCACGGUGGUCUCGGGAGGAGGGAGAGGAACGUGGGACUUUCAGGAACAUGGGGGAGUCCGCAGGCAGCACCACCUCUACUUGGCCCCUAGCAGCCCCAGCCUCUGAGAAUCCCGUGUCACAAUCGGCCAUGAUCUGCUUUCUUUCUGUUGUCGCACGUCUUCGGUUCUCACAGCUUGUCUCCGCGUAUUGUUAUUUUCCAUCCACGUGAAAAAUAGAUGCCCCUUCCCCAUCUGCCAUGGUGGCUUCUUUCCAGGAGGCCCUGCCCUGGGGUGAGCAGAGCAGGGAGGGCUCCACGGUGGCCCAGCCCCCUGUGGCUCAGACCCUCCCUUGAGUGCCCGGCUGUUUGCUGAAAACUCAGUUAAAACAUCUGUACUUACCAUUCUCCAAUUACGUUCCAUCUUGCUUAAGGACAAAGCAAAUUAAAUCAUCCCGCCACCCCAGGCUCCAAACCAAAUCUUGGUCUCGAAUUUAUUAGCAUCAUAAAGCCCAGGUUGAUUUAUGUAGCAAUCUGGAGCCACACAGCAGUGGAGUCGGGUGGCUGCAUUCCCCUCCUCCAAGCUGGGCAGCCCCAGUCCUGGAGGGAAUUGGCCCGAAGUGACCACAUCACUGAUGACAGGCCAGGGCCCUCACCACUGCCACUGCCUGGGUUCCUUUGCUCCUCAGUGUUCACCUGCUAUCUGUUCUGUUAGAGGUCAGAUGGGGCCACCUUCCUCUCUACUGCUGAUAGCCAGGGGGCUUGGGGCAAGGGGGAGAGGACUCCGACAGCUAGCAUUCCCCAGGUAAUGCUUGCUCACCACUUGCAUCAAGCACAUUUGGCUGAGUUUUUCCAUUGGCUCUGUGAGGUGGGCAGUCCGGUCAUGGUUUCCAUUUUAUAGAUGGACCCCCAGGGUGCGUGGAGGGGAGGGCAGAAGAGGAUGCCUGCCCAGCCUGGCCCAGGUCCAAGUGUCACUAUGGAGGAGAACAUGAACUCUGCAGCCUCCGCCUGACGUCAUCUGCCCACACUGCCCCAGGCCAGCCCCGAGGGCAGGCCAGGUCAAGGUGGGAGGCAGCAUUCUCCCCCUCAUUCCCCGCCAGAGCACUGGAGCCUGGUGCCAUCGUGCCAGCAGCUCCUGCCUGUUCCCUCACCUGAGGCCAGAGAGGCGGCUGCAGGCUUAUGGAUGGGCAGAUGGCAGGUGACGGGCGGGAAGGCACUGCUGAGUGGUGGAAGGUGGGCAGCGGGCACCUCACCAGGCCCUUAGCCACACAGCUGUUCUCACCACAUGGGGGCCGGGAGCAGCCUCGGCAACAGGCAGAGACUAAAGUCAGAGUGGUGGGGAGGACAGGGGCUGCCCCCACCUCACGGGAAACCAGCCUGAGGGGUAGAGCCCGGCGCUGCCGGGCUCCAGGGCUGUGUUGCCGUAGGCAAGUGCAAGGAUGAGCCUACGCCUGUCCAGGGGCCAGAUUCCCGAGCAGGGCUGACGCCAGAUCAGGCCAUGCUGAUGGCCACUGCUAAGCUGGCUCUUCUUAAACCAAGAUCCGGGGCUGCAGGAGGGAGCUUUGCGAUCCCUUCUCCCCAGGGCCUGGGGCUCAGUGUGUCCGUGGGAGAAAGGGAGAAGUAACAUAUACUGAGCCCCUGGUGUGAGCCAGGCACGGUGCUGAGUCCUUUCCCAGUGGCCCUUGGCAUAACCUGGAGAUUAAGAGUGUGGACUGACAAGUGGGACCUGCCCCUCACAGCAGCGAGCCUCCAUGCUCCCUCCUCCGUCGUUCGUAACUUGGGGAUAAAAGCUCCUGCAUCACUGACCGACUGUGGGAACUAAAAUCCUUAGCUCAGUGCCUGGCACAAUAGUGCUCAAUAAAGCCGGUAUGUGCUGA